GAGUCGCUGGCGUCGCUGCCUGAGGUCGGGGCGCUGCGGGCGCGUGUGCGCCGGCCCGCCUUCCCGCAGCCACCCGCGCUCCUGCCGUCCCGGUAUACGUCGGCGCGCUCCUGCGUCCUCAUCCGGCUCCGGACGCUUGCGAUCUUAGUGCGACCCAACUUGGAGGCCAAUGGUGCAGGUAUCAGGAUUACUUUGUUCCCAGGGCUAAUUGCGGACCUCCACAUGUUGAGCUAUGGGAUUCUGCAGAGAGUGAGCUCCUCAUCCUUCUGUCAAUAAGUCAGUCUUCCCCGCUGCUCUCCCACCAUCUGCUGCCCUCAUGUCUACCAUACUCCUGAAUUUGGACUUUGGCGAACCUUCAAAGAAGGCAUUUGGAGGAAAUGCCAAGCAUCAACGUUUUGUCAAGAAGCGACGGUUCUUGGAGCAGAGAGGAUUUCUGAAUAAAAAGAACCAACCCCCUAGCAAGGUGUCUAAGUUGAACUCAGAACCUCCAAAGAAAGGGCAAACUUCAAGAGUAGAUGGCAUUUUAAACAUCCUUCCGUGUUCAAAGAAGAAGAAAGAGACAGCUGCCUCCAAGAGGGAGGCAGAAUGGCCCACAGACAAGAAAGCAUCAUUGUCUUGGCUGACCCCUGCUCCUUCAAAGAAGACAGACUCUGUUGUGGCUAAAAUAGAUUUGCUAGGGGAGUUUCAGAGUGCCCUUCCAGAGGUUAAGAGCCACCCAUCUCUCGCCCAGAAGAAGCACUCCAAGAAGAAGCCCUUGAAGAAGACUGUUGCAGAGAACUCCACCCAAGCUCAGUCAGAGAGUAAGGGCUCUAAGAAGCCCUCACAGAAGAGUGCCGCACAGAACUCCGCGCAAGCUCAGUCAGAGGAUAAAGGCUCCACAAAGAAGUCUUUGAAGAGGAGCGCUGCACAGAGCCCCACCCAAGCCCAUUCAGAGUGCCCUAAAGUCUCCCAAAACUUGCCAGGGAAGACGGUGGCGGUGGACUGUGAGAUGGUAGGCACGGGGCCUAAGGGGCGAGUUAGCUCCCUGGCUCGGUGCAGCAUCGUAAGCUACCAUGGCGACGUGCUCUAUGAUGAGUAUGUCCUCCCCCCCUGCCGCAUCGUGGACUACAGGACCAGGUGGAGCGGCAUCCGCAAGAGCCACAUGGCUAACGCCACGCCCUUCAAGAUUGCUCGGAGUCAGAUCUUGAAGAUUCUCUCAGGGAAGAUUGUGGUAGGGCAUGCCAUCCACAAUGACUACAAAGCCCUACAGUACUUCCACCCCAAGUCUCUCACCCGAGACACUUCCCAAAUACCACUCCUUAACCGGAAAGCUGACUGCCCAGAGAAUGUCACUUUGUCACUGAAGAAUCUCACCAAGAAGCUGCUGAGUCGGGACAUCCAGGCUGGAAACAGUGGACAUUCCUCGGUGGAAGAUGCCCAGGCCACCAUGGAGCUGUACAAGUUGGUUGAAGUUGAAUGGGAACAGCACCUGGCCCAGAAUCCUCCAGAAAAUUAGCAAUCCCAGGGAGCCACAUGCAAUAG